ACAAAAAGGCUGUCUUGUCUUAAGAAAUGUUGUUUAGCUUUAUGUCGGAUUCACUUGUUUGCUUGCCGACCAUUAUUUAAUCAUAAACAUAAACCAAAAUGAACAUAUAAAUAGACUCAUAAGAAUGAGCUACACAAGGCAAAUGAAGAUGGAGAGAUUGAAGAGUUGGCUAGGGUUCAAGCAAACAUUUCUCUUCUCAGCAAAGUGUAUGCUUCUUAAGUUCACUUCAACGUCAAGAUUAAGACGAAACGCGCAACGACAUAAUGAUGGGCUUAUGAAUCUGUACAAGGAUAUGGAGUCUUGUGGGGAAGAUACAGAUAUAAGAGUUAUGUGGGAUAUGAUUCAAUCUUCUUAUUUUCCAAAUGAUUAUAGUAUUAGUAACUGCAGGAGGAAAAAAGUUUAUUGGAAAUUCUGUUUCAGACCAACUUGAAUUAUGUAAAUUCUUUUCCAACAAUUUUGGAUGAUAUUCAAACUGUCUUGUUCUUGAUUUU